AUGUCUCAUCGUAAGUACGAGUGUCCACGUCACGGUUCCCUUGGUUUCUUACCACGUAAGCGUGCUGCCCGCCACAGAGGUAAGGUUAAGACUUUCCCAAAGGAUGACUCCAAGAAGAAUGUUCAUCUUACUGCUUUCCUUGGUUACAAGGCUGGUAUGACUCACGUUGUUCGUGAUAUUGAACGUCCAGGUUCUAAAUUAAACAAGACCGAAGAAGUUGUUGAAGCCGUUACCAUCAUUGAAACUCCACCAAUGGUUAUUGUUGGUGUUGUUGGUUACAUUGAAACCCCACGUGGUCUUCGUAGUUUAACCACUGUCUGGUCUGAACAUCUUUCCGAUGAAGUCAAACGUCGUUUCUACAAGAACUGGUACCACUCUAAGAAGAAGGCUUUCACUAAGUACGCCAAGAAAUACGCUGAAGCUGCCAAGCCAAUUGAAAGAGAAUUAGAAAGAAUUAAGAAGUACUGUACCGUUGUUCGUGUUCUUGCCCACACCCAAAUCAGUAAGGUUAACAUUGGUCAAAAGAAGGCUCACCUUAUGGAAAUUCAAUUAAACGGUGGUUCUGUUGCCGAUAAGGUUGAUUUCGCUAAGGCUAACUUCGAAAAGACUAUUGAUGUUAAGUCUGUCUUCGCUGAAGGUGAAGUUAUUGAUACCAUUGCUGUUACUAAGGGUCACGGUUACGAAGGUGUUACUCACCGUUGGGGUACUACCAGACUUCCACGUAAGACUCACCGUGGUCUUCGUAAGGUUGCUUGUAUUGGUGCCUGGCAUCCAAGUCACGUUAUGUUCUCUGUUGCUCGUUCUGGUCAAGAUGGUUACCACCACCGUACUGAAAUGAACAAGAAGAUCUACCGUAUUGCCAAUGGUAGUGAUGCUAAGAGUGCUUCCACUGAAUUCGAUAUCACUGAAAAGAAGAUUACCCCAAUGGGUGGUUUCCCACACUACGGUAUUGUUAAGGAAGAUUUCGUUAUGAUCAAGGGUUCCUGCCCAGGUGUUAAGAAGAGAGUUAUUACUCUUCGUAAGUCUGUUCUUACUUACGCCAGUCGCCAAGCCACUGAAUCCGUUAACCUUAAGUUCAUUGAUACCGCCUCUAAAUUCGGUCACGGUCGCUUCCAAACCGCUGAAGAAAAGGAUGCUUUCAUGGGUGUUCUUAAGAAGGAUGCUGAAAAGAAGAACUAA